UAUAUAAAUUCCUUCACACAUUCGAUUGGUAGAGGUUUUUGCCUACCCAGCCAACAAGAUCUAUUUAAGGGCUUCUCCAUACAUUUAUCAAUAUUCUUUAUUUAUACCUUUCCGAGCCUGGUGCUUGAUUGUAUUAGUUUUUAUCCCUGUUUGAUUCAAAAUGUCCGAUCCGGAUUUUGCUGAUACCGAAUACAACGAUUUCAUGGAGAAUUUGACACCCUGUUCAUCCCUAGCAACCGCAUUCUCAGAGGAAGAUGCCCCGGUUCAAUACAACCCCAUAAGCUUUGUGAACCUACUCAACAAAAGAAAUAGUCUUACAAAGUCUGGUACCUUGACAGACGAUUCAGCUUCCAUUAGCAAGUUCGACUUGGAAAAGGAAAACUGCCGUAUAAAAAUCUUGACUCCCGAUGACGAGUCAUUUUUUAUACGGAUUGAAGAACUCCAUUCGUUUAUCAAUGGAUACCUUCCGGUUCCAUGUACCCUUGAUGAUUUGUCGAUAGUUCACCUAUUGAUCUUCUUAUCUGACCGGUACUCCACCACCUUAAACUCCAUCAGGUUGUGUCACUUCGGACGUUCCCAUGCUAUCAAGACCUUUCAAGACCUCACGAUUAAGAAACAACGUCUCUUAAUCGAGUUAAAAGUAACCCAAUAUCCCACUAUGCAUUUGAUUAUAACCAAACCAGAGUCGUCACCUCUCAGAUUAAUCCUGACCAAACAAGCCAUCGAAAAGACUUAUUCCACCGGGUACCAAGCCGUGACAUACGCUGAUGCUAUAGCUCAUAAAUUCCGUACCACCUGUUUGGGUUCGAAAUCAAAACAGAAUUUAAAGGUCAGAAUGAAGUACAAAUUGAAGCUGAUUUUACAAGAAGUCAUACACUGUUAGUUACGAUCCAAUUUCUAUAUUUAGUAUCAUUAGCUAAUGCAUGAAACUAAGGAACCCAGGGACCAAAAUUCCCACAAUCAAAAUGCCCAUUUCUGUAAAUGUCAUCUCUUUGAACUCACCUAAAAUAUGAGUCAGGAUGUAGAUAAAAGUCCCACUGCUAAAAAGAAGUAAAAUACCAAUGACAGUAUCACUGGGAUUGACUGCAAGUAGAGCUAUCCAUGUAAGAAUUGCAAAUAGUGGGGUCGUCAACGCAAAUGCUAAGAUGUGUAUUUUGACCAUCUCAGCAUUGACACCUUUUUGAAGCAACAAGCAACUCAAACUGAAACAUGUUGGAAGUUUGUGAAUAAUUACAACCAACGAAAACACAAACGUGAUACUGUCUCGAUGGAAGGCCGACCCCAACGAUAUCCCAUCGAUUGCCGAAUGUAUAAGUAACGCCAAUGUCAAUGAAGUGUGAAGAAUCGAUUUGAAUAUGGAAGAUGGCGGGGGAGAAACGUCAUAAUCAUUGAUACUAAUUUCCUGACGUUCGGGUUUCUGGUAGUUUUGAUCAACCAAAAUCAUACUGACAAACCCAAGCAUGACGGAAAUUCCAAUCCAUUUACUGUCAUUUUUUGCAUUCUUCGUAUAGUUCUCAAUGCUUUCAGGAAUGGCCAAACACAAGGCUGCUCCAAUCAAUAAUCCCCCACUGAAGAGAGAAACCGGCUUAAUAUGGUUAUUGACGUCAAGAUGUAAGGGUAGAAUACCAAGUCCAUAGGAAAUAGCUCCCAUGAAAGUACAUAUUAGCAAUGCAGCGAUAGCCAGAAUCAUAUUUGUGAUG